AUGACACAUACCGGUAAAUUGCUUGACAUACCCAAGUCAUCUUCAUUCACCAAACGUAUCAAGCCUGAUAAUCGAAUCCCUACAGUUGAAGUAGCUUUGAAGAAUGAAAAUGGAAUUACUAAUACACCUAGAAAUUUGUUAAGUGGUGGAUUUUCAUGGACUUUGCCUACUCCUAGAAAAGAAUAUGAGUUCCUUACUGCCAGUCCAAAUGCAUUGAGGGAUUUGGGAUUAGAUCCUCAACAAGCUGAAGACCCUGUUUUUCAACUGAUUGUAAGUGGAGAAUUUUAUGAAGAUAAGGUAACUUUCGAAAAGGAAGGAUUCCCUAUGCCAUACUCGCAAGCUUAUGCAGGGUGGCAAUUUGGGCAAUUUGCAGGACAAUUAGGUGACGGAAGAGUUGUCAAUUUGUUUGAAGUACCCAAGGUGUCGUCGUCGUCUUCUUCUUCUUCUUCUUCUUCAAACCCCGCAAAUCGUGAUAAAUAUGAAAUUCAGUUAAAGGGGGCAGGAAAAACUCCAUAUUCUAGAUUUGCUGACGGAAAAGCUGUUUUGAGAUCUUCAAUUAGAGAAUAUAUCAUAUCUGAACACUUGAAUGCUAUUGGUAUUCCAUCUACGAGAGCACUUGCUUUGACAUACUUGCCAUCUACUAUUGCCCAACGUCAUGGUGCCGAAAGAUGUGCUAUUGUGGCCAGAUUUGCCGAAAGCUGGGUUCGAUUAGGUUCAUUUGAUUUGUAUAGAUGGAGAGGUGACCGUGAAGGAAUCAGAGAUUUAUCAGAUUACGUCAUAGAAGAAUUGUUCACGUUCAAUAAUACUAAAUUUGCUAAUUUCAAUAGGAUUAUAAAUUUGAAGACGGAUUUGUUUAAUUCCAACUCAAAUGUAAUUGGAGAAUUGAGCGAUUAUGAUAAGAUGUUUUAUGAGAUUAUUGUUAGAAAUGCGGAAACAACCGCUCUUUGUCAAUGUUAUGGGUUCCUUAACGGAGUGUUGAAUACUGAUAACACUUCGGUAUUGGGACUUACUAUUGAUUUCGGUCCUUUUUCCAUCAUGGACAAGUAUGAUCCUAAUUAUACUCCUAAUUCAGAAGACCAUGAAAGACGAUAUGGUUAUAGAAAUACCCCUACUGCUAUAUGGUGGAACUUGACUCGUUUUGGAGAAGAUUUGGCUGAGUUAAUAGGUGCAGGGCUUGAAUUAGUAAAUACGCCAGAGUUUAAAGAAGGAGUAAAGGAAGAAUGGGAAGAUUCAAUUAUUAAACGAGCCACUAAGAUUAUUGAAGUUGGUGGAGAUAUGUUCCAAUAUGCAUUCACCAAGAAAUACGUGGAGACAUUUUUCAAUAGAUUGGGUUUGGCUCAUGAAUUAAUUGAUGUUAAAAAUCCAGAUUUCCAUCAAAUAAAUUUAAUUGCUCCUUUAUUGGAAAUUUUACUUAAGCUUCAGACUGAUUUCAAUUUAUUCUUUUUGACUUUGCAAAAUAUUAAUUUGGACCAAGCAGACUAUGUUUCAAUUGCUGAGAAUGAGAUAUUGAAGGAUGUUGAUUUCAACAAUGUUAGACAUGAUAAGUCUAGCUUGUUAAAGGAGAUCGCUGAAUGGUUAAUUACUUAUCAAGAUUUGAAAGUUAAAUCUUUAGCAUAUGAAUCCAGACCAGAUCCAAGAAACUAUAAUCCAUUGUUUUUACCAAGAAACUGGAUUUUGGAUCAAGUAAUUGCCCAGGCUCAAGAAUCAAGAGGGGAAAAUAUCACGCACCUUAAGAAAUUGGAAAAAAUGAGUUUGAACCCAUUUGACAAGAGUAAAUGGGGAGAUGAAUUGAAAGAACUUGAAAAUUCAUGGAUACUUCAAGGCCAAAAGGGAGAUGAAUAUGCCAUGUUACAAUGUGGAUGUAGUAGUUAG